AUGGGUUGUACACAUUGGACAAAACAACACGAAGUGGAUGGUACAAUAGAUAAACCUAAUCAAAAUGGUUUUAAAAGUGUACCUUAUGCCACAACUGAAUUUGAUCUAUCAGGAUUAGAAAGUGAAGAUGAAGACGUAAAUUUUUCUUUUAAUGCAAUAAAGAAAAAUCAUAGACAACAGCUAACAAAUAGAUUUGGUCCACCUUUACAUGGAUUAAAUUCUGCAAACAACACGUCUUUGACAAUAGUUAAUCAUGUUUUGGAGAAUCGAGUUGUUCAAACAGGUGUUUAA